CAUAACUUGAAUGGAAACAUUAAACAAUUGCCGAUGCUCCCAUGGAACUGAAUGUUUACCACGAUUGUUGGCAACUAGUGCAGCGCUUCCAUCGGCUAGCAGAGGAGUUGCAACAUGCGGAAUUUGAGCUGUUUUGCCGUUGCUGGCGAGAACUUCAAAUGCAACACAUCUACUCUGCCCAGACGAAUCACAUCGAGGUGGUGUCCACCACUCUAUCAGCCUUGCAUGUCGGCAAACGGGUCGCCUGCAGCUGUCGUCCUAAUGGUCAAGAAUUUCAAGCUUCCCGUGCCCAACGUUACGCCGGAAUAUAUCUGCUCUACGUGAUAUACAAUAAGCAGCCUACGCAGAAUUUUGCAAAAAUCGAAGUUUCACCGAGUACCUGGGACACCCUUACGAGAUAUUUUAGAGAAUUGGAGAAGGAAGAGAACCCAAGGAAAGAUACCAUGCAGGCUUGCUAUAUCUUUACCAAUCUUUACCAGCAUCAAGCAUUCCGUUUUACCGCUCUAGACUAUGCUCAAGGUUUGGACAAUCUUAUUUCCUACGACCGCUUAGAAAGUAUCGUUGGGUCCAAAGGGUACAAACAACCAAUACGUCCAGCUCAUGGACAGAUUGGUCUUGAAGAGGAUCUGAAUGAGUUACGUGAUUUGUAUAGAGCUAGUGGACCAUUUUGUCAACUGGAGGUGGCAUAUAAUAAGCAAAAACAUGAAUUGGCUAAACACAAUAAUGGGGCAUUGCCACCCACUCAGAUCUUUAGCCAGUUACGAGAAACCUUUGAUGAAAUUAGUCACCUAUUAGGCGAUCAAAAUGAGGAGCCUUGCUCCUCUUCGGCUAUAUCACAAUCGGUGGGUCAAGGUGUAGUGCGUCAACGAGUUCGUCAUAAAGCGAUGUACGGUGCGGAGGAUGCAAAAACGGAAUCUUCAUUGGAAAACUCGGAUGACUUAAGUCAAACAAUGUUGGCACAACGACGCAUGUCUUCAGCCACAAUAUUUGUCCGACAAUUACCUAUGGAGGUCGCCCAAGAGUACCAGCGAGGCGAGGACAGUGAUGAUGAGGAAGCAGAUUCAUAGGUGAAACUAUAUUAGACAGACUCUGACUCUCCUCGAAUUACAAGUUAUUUUAAAAAUAUAAAUAAAUAUUUCAAUGAGA